AUGACCGAGCCGCCCUCACCGGAAACGUUUGUCACUGGCCCGGCAGAUCUGGAGAAGCCAUAUAAAAAGCUUUGGGAUGAUGACGAGAGGCGCUACACACGUGAAUGGGCGGCAGAAGUGAGGGAUAGGAUCCAUCUCUGCGUCGCAACCGAACUUCUACUCGCCGGGACUGUCGUCGCCUGGGCCACCAUCUGCAAGGAAGCCGACACCGAGAUCAUGACCGUGCCCGUGGCCGUGUUGGGCGGUCUGAUCUUCUACUUCCUGUCGAUGCAUGUCGGUUUUGCAUAUUGGUUCACCAAGAAGAGUACCCCCAUCUUGAUCCUCGACUAUCUGCUGGUGACGCUCGCUGGGCUAUCCCUCGUUCCCUGCGUCAUUAUUGCCGCCACCGGGAUGUACUCGCCCGUCCAUUUUUGUGUAUUCUUCUGCCUGAUCCCCCUCCAGGCCUACGCGGCCGUGAUCUGGCACAAGGUGGCUGAGCAAAUGGCUGCCGGAGAAGACUACAAACAGGUCGGUCUCCUUUGUGGUUUACGCUUCCGCAUCCACUUUGAAGUCAAGGAGCCG